CUGUGCUGGGGCGGGAGGGAUCCCCGCCACCGGACACGCUCCUCUGCCGGGCACGCAGCGGUCACUGCCGACAGGGCCGGCGCCCGGCCCGCUCCCGCCUCAGUCAACGCCGCCGGGACAGAGGGCGGCGGCCGCCCGGGGAGCGCCCGCCCGAUGGCAUCCCCUGCGGCCGGCGCUCGGCCAGCCCUGCUCAGGCGCCGCGACCCGGGGGCGCCGCCGGGCCAGCGCUCACGGGACCGGUCCCCGGCGGGCCGAGCGCCCCCGGGCAGGGCCGGGCGGCGCCGCGCCUGGGCGCCCGCCCUCCGCGGAGUGGAAACGGGCGGGGAAAAGUCCCUCCCGUGCUCGCCCCGUCCCUCCCUCCGUCCGUCCGUCCGCCCCUCCCUCGCAGCGCAGACAGGCUCGCACACCUCUGCCUUGGCGGGCGGCGAGGGGCGCUUUUGACAAUUAUUUUCUUUCCACACCCAGUCCGCUUCUGACAUCAUUUCUGCAGGAGGGCGGGCGGGAGGCAGCCGCCGCCGCCAGCCGGUGCCAGCCCGCGCCGAGCGCUGCCCGCCGGCCCCGCGCCCAUUUAUCUCAGACUAAAGCCUCCACAGAUCAAGGAUGUUGAUUCUUCUGGCUUUCAUUAUUGUGUUUCACAUAACCUCAGCAGCACUGCUGUUCAUCUCAACUAUUGACAAUGCCUGGUGGGUAGGAGAUAAUUUUUCUACAGAUGUCUGGAGAAUGUGUGCCAUGAACAACACCUGUAUGGCUAUUACUGAUCAAUUCAGAGAAUAUCAAUCAAUUCAGGCUGUUCAGGCCACCAUGAUCCUAUCUACUAUUUUCUGUUGUGUGGCAUUUCUGGUUUUCAUUCUUCAACUCUUCCGUCUAAAGCAAGGAGAAAGAUUUGUGUUAACCUCUAUUAUCCAGCUCCUGUCAUGUCUGUGUGUUAUGAUUGCAGCUUCCAUUUAUACAGAUAGGCAUGAAGAACUACACAAGAGCAAUGAAUAUAGCGUUGAAGUUUCUAAAGGCCGAUAUGGCUAUUCCUUCGUCUUAGCCUGGAUUGCAUUUGCCUUUACUCUGAUCAGCGGUGUUAUGUACCUAGUAUUAAGGAAGCGUAAAUAAAUGUCAGCAGCUAGUUAUUUCUGUCACUACAGUACAAAACCAAAUUCCAGUAACCAUUUUGUAUAUAAUCAUUUAUGCGGUUUUGUAGUAAAGGUAUUGUUUCUCUAAAAAUGUAUUGUGUUCUUGAUAUGAAACAGAAUAAAAAACAAAUUGGCAAGUUCAGUGGAUGCCUGGCACCUACAGGUCAGGGGUCUGAGCAGGACAGAGCCAAGUCGUUUCUUUUACAGAUUUCAUAAUCAUAAAUGAUUUUCCCUUAUGAGACAUCAACAGUUUAUUCCUGGCCUCUAGUAAAUUACAAAUAAAGCCUGUGCAAAUUAAUUUGUAAGCAAUAUGCGAACUAUAUUCCUGGACCAUAUGGGUCCCUUUGGGAUGGGAUGAGUAUAGGGGGAGUAAAAAACGAGGCCCAGAUCCCAGUGAAAAGGCGAACAAUUGUAAAAGCCCAAAGCUGCACCCGGAGUGCCUGUUCUGGCAGAAGACUAGCGUUCUGCUGUUUAUAAUGUGCAGUAAGUGUCAUCAAGCUUUUACUAAAGCCACUUGCUUCGCAGAAGUAAACAACUCCUUUUGUAUUCCAGCAAAUGAUUCUCUUGAUUCUCUUUCACAUUUAAUUCAGGCAUACAGAGCCUUUGGCAGGAGAAGUUACCAGCAAAUUCACUGCACAACUUGGGAAUAGUCUGAGCAGUAAGGAAUACCCCACUCAGGUCCUGUAUCUCUUUAUUUUUGCAUUGUGAAUAGACUUUCUGGAAGGAAGGAAGGGAAAAAAAAAGAAGCAUUACCUUGCCUAUAUGUGCAAAUUUCUAAGCAAAUUAGUGAUCAAGCAGUACCAAAUAUAGGUUUUUACAGCCAAACUCAACGUGUUUAUUACACAGGGCUUUUAUUAUAUAGUGAUUUCAUGGCUAAUAUAUCAUUUACAAAAGCAUUUCCCAGGUCUGCCCAUUAGAAAAUUGGCCUUUAAAAAAUUCAUUCUGAAUUCUUUUGUGGAUUUUACUUGAACUAAACACUCAUACUAAAAAAAUCAGACUGCAAUUACUAUGCUUCUAAAUUCCAGGAUAUUUUUUUUUGAGUUAAAAUGGCCUGGUAAUUUUUGUUUUUCAAUAACUUCAUGAGAUAAAUCUGUACUGUAAUAUUAGGUUUAUCUGCUCAGCAGUGUAAUACUGGCUUUGGCUGAUGGUGAUUUGGAGUUGGGAGAUCAGUGUGGAGAAUGAAUGAAGUGGCUUUUUCUGGUUAGUCAAGCUUUCAUGCUUAAAUAAUGAUUUGACUUUGUAAAAGCACUAACCAUGUAUUUAUUUCAUUAUAUUCACUACAGCUGGCCCAAUACACCAGCAAUAAAAACAUAAAUAGGUUUUGAAUGAGAUUUUACACUUAACGUAGAACAAAUUUGUUACUACAAAGUAAUGUAGCCGUACUGAAAUCGAUACUGCAUUAUACAUCAGCUGAUGGUCUGACCCAUUCCUUCAGAUAAUUCAUCUUUUAUUUCUUGCAAAGUAAAGGUUCAGGUGCAUAACUGUAUAGGAACUGCCUCCACCAUAAGUAAUAGGUUGUAUAGUUCCAUCUCCAUUCCUUGAACAUCCUAAAAUGCUUUGGCAUUAGACAAGGCGUUACGUGUCUUUUGGGAGCAAAGAAAGCCCAGCAAGACUCCUAGCAAAACAGAUUAAAACAACACAUUAAAAGUAAUAAUAACAGUAAAAAACCCAGAUAGGUCUCAGCAAAACGCAUCCUCCCCAGUCUAGCAUGAUGCUAGUAUUUUGUCAGGUGGUUUGGUUUUUUUUUUUGGUCUUCAUGGGAAUGCUCUGAAUUUCAAGAAUUAUUACCCUACUUUUUUAAAAAGUGUUUCUACAGUUUGCUGAAUACAUUUUAGAUUCAAAACAUGAUUUUUGCUAGCAAGCAAAAUUUGUCUUAAAUAAGCAGAUGCAGGUUUAAGGUUGAAAGUAGGUAGACAAUUAGUCAGGCAUUUUGCUGGUUUUAUUCAAACAUGAAAUAGUAAGGACUAUUCUUAAGCAAAUAUGGAUUAGAACCCUUUUAUAUCUUGAAGACAGUCCUGUAAAAUUGUAAGUUAAGCCGUUACGCCACUGACUUGAAGAGAUGCUUCUUCAGUUUCUUGUCUUGAUAAUGCUUGGGUCAUUUAUAGAGCAACUAUUUAAAAUAAAGAUGAAUAUAUACAUGAACACACAGCUUAAUACCACAGUAAAAGAUCUGUCCUUUUAAUUAAAAGUGAAGAGCGCACACACCACGGUGUACAAACAGCAGCACCCGCAUGAUGCCACGUAAAACAGAGCAGGUGGGAAUGUUCUGCAUACCAAGAAAACAAAUACCAAACCAGUCUGAAACAGAGUUUUAACAGGACAAACAUAUUUUAGAAUAUUCUUUCUACCUAAUAUGCCUUUAAAAUAUACCAUUUUCUGUGCUCUAUAUAUUCUGAAACUGUACAUGAAAAUAAAGUUAAAACAAAUUCUUGUA